UGAUGAUUAGCCCUGAGUGGUAUAAAGCGUGAGCGAGUGAUAGAGCCAGUUCGAAAAACCAGUUCCUACAGUCGCAGUUGUGUGUAGCAAAUCUCACUGGCUCUGGGUGGACGGUGAGACUAAAUUUAGAACAAUGACUUAUCCCAAGUUGAUUGGGCUUUUGUGCUUUCAAUUGAUAAUUUUGACGACCGCUCGAUCUACCACUACCGAAGCUCCAUCGCAAGAUGGAUCGGGCGAAAGGAAAGCUUUUUCACUCGACGAUAUCGCAUCGAAUGCCUACACCAGCCUUUCAUUUAAUGGCACUUGGAUAUCAGAGACCGAAAUUUUUUACAGAAUCGACGAACUGCUCCUUGUAUUUGACGUGAAAGCCCAGAGCAGCAAAGUCAUUGCUAACAGUAGCAUUUUUGAUGACGAAGAAAAUAUGAAAUACUAUGUAUCCCCAGACGGUAAUUUCGUGCUUUUGCGCAAUUCAACCAAAAAGGUAUAUAGACACUCGGGUUUGAACAAGUUCAGCAUUUACAACGUGAAAAGCGAAGAAUUGAAGCCGUUGGAAGACGGUCAGUUAAUAUCGGUGGCUGUUUGGGCGCCACGGGGCAGUGAACUCAUUUACGUUUUAAAAAAUGACAUUUACCAUUACCAAGCGAAACUCGGUGAAACGCGUCGGCUGACCUUUGAUGGAAAAUCGCAGACCCUCUACAAUGGCAUCCCCGACUGGGUCUACGAAGAAGAGGUCUACUCUACCGACAGAGCACUCUGGCUCUCGCCAAAUGGCGAUUAUCUGGCUUUUGGGACGUUUAACGACUCUUAUGUCCCCGAAGCGGUGGUUAUGAGGUACGGCACUCCCGGCGAUUUGCAAGACCAAUAUCCAAGCGAGGAGAGAUUCCGGUAUCCAAAGGCCGGGGCGAGUAAUCCCCACGUCACGCUGAACGUCAUUAAUUUGAAAGACAAGCAGUCGUCGAUGAUUUCCCUGAAAGCACCUGUUCACAUAGUUGGAGCGGAAGCCAUUUUGUACGCCGUGACGUGGUUCGAUGAGAAAACAGUAGUGGCCACGUGGACCAAUCGAGUCCAGAAUCAUUCGCAAAUCGUCAGUUACCCGGUCACCGCGAAGGAACCGCAGCUCCUCCUGGAGCAGAAAGUGACGGGCGGCUGGCUUCUCUUUCCUGCCAAUGCUCCCCUGCACCACAGAGGCUACGUUCUCAUUCUGAGGGAUCAACCAGUCGAGAACAAGACGUUGGGCUCAUUUGGCCACUUGACGCGCUACACGCUCAGCGAUAAUGGCACAUUGAAAGACGAGCUCGACCUGAGUCCAGGCGAAACUUGGGUGCACUCGUUGGUCGGCGUCAGCGAGGCGAAAGCCGUCGUUUACUACACUGCUUGUCCGCCGGGCGAGCCGUCCCAGAAGCACCUUUACGAGGUCAACCUCGAGCCCGAGGAUCUGAGACCGGAGCCCAAAUGUGUCUCUUGCAAGCUGAAAACUCCCGAAGGCAACGACUGCAAGUACGUGAGCUCGGUGAAAUUCUCGCGUGACUUUUCGCGCUACGUGAUGACAUGCGCGGGCCCGGAUCCAGCGAUCAUUAAAAUCUACGACUCAAGGGGUACGGAGCUAUACACCUGGUCCGACAACCACGCGCUGCGUCACAUGCUCGCGAAGCGAGUGCUGCCCCAACAGAUGGACCUGACCUUUCCCCUCAACGGGUUCGACGUAAGGGUGCGACUGCAGCUGCCCCAGGAUUUCGAUCCCUCGAAAAAGUACCCUCUCUACGUCAACGUUUACGCCGGCCCGGGGAGCCAAGCCAUCAUUGACAACUUUUCCGUCGGAUACGACAAGUUCGCGACCACUGCUAAGAACAUCAUCGAGGCAAAGAUCGACGGCCGCGGCACCAAUUCCAGGGGCACCGCGAUGCUCUACUCGGUUUACAGGAAUCUUGGAAGUGCAGAGAUGGAGGACCAAAUAGAUGCCACAAAAUUGCUGCAAGAACAGUUUAGCUGGAUAGACAGGAAUCGAACGGCAAUCGGUGGGUGGAGUUACGGUGGAUAUUCCGCGGCUACAAUCCUCACCAAAGACAGGGGCAACGUAUUCAAGUGCGGUCACUCGGGGGCACCGGUCACCAAUUGGAUGUACUACGAUUCGAUAUAUACCGAGCGCUACAUGGGCCUGCCAACGACCAGCGACAAUCUAAACAAUUACGAAGAGAGCUCGGUCAUGAGGCGAGCGAAAAACUUUAAGGGCAAAAAGUUCCUGCUGAUACACGGGACGGGUGACGACAACGUCCACUUCCAAAACUCGAUGGCUCUAACAAAGGCGCUCGCCGAGAACGACGUCGCGUUCGAGCAGUUCAUCUACCCCGACGAGGCCCACCAGUUCGUGCACUUGGCCCAACACCUCUAUCGUGUCACGGACAAUUUCAUAUCCGAUUGCUUUGGCAUCGAAGUUCCGGAGAAGAAGAAGUAAAACAUUAUCGCCAAAUUACCGGGGCCAACAGCUUUGGUACCCAUGUGUGCAUAAUAAUAAUAAUAUAAUACAAUACAUGCACCGAUCUGUAAUACUUUGCAUUGAUAUUGAAAUACGUACACCUGAAAUACACACACACACACACACACA